CAUAGAAGUAGAAGUUUGUCAGCAGUAACAGCAGCGUGCUUUCAGUCAUGUCCUAACACCAGGCAGACGCACUUAGGAAUAAAAUCUAAAAUGUCGUUUGAAAAUCUGACGAAAACUCUGCAGGGUUUACUUAUCAGUGAAGAUCUAACACCUGGAAAUGGCAGCAGGAUCCUCCAGCUGUUUGUCAAUAAACUCUCUGAAUCCUCUAGGAGCAGCGUUAAAAGAAGCAAGGAGCGCAGUUUGGAUGAGGCAGUCCAGCUCAUGAGGCAGAUCUCAGAGGAACAGCUUCAUGGUUUGGAGGAAGAGCAUAAGCUGCUUCUGGUCAGACUCCUCCUUUCCCUGCAGCUGGAGAUGGUCAACAUUUCCACAGCCUGCCGGAAAGUGGACCGGAUGCUGCAGCAUCUGGCAGAAAAUGUGGAUCAGCAUUUGGUUUAUAAAGAAACCCUGCACAUCUUUGACUCCAUAGUGAAAAGUGAUCAGGUUCUUUCCUUGGAGGAUCUGCAGAGAGCUUGUAUGUUCCUGGAGGACAGUGCAGUUGGUCGGAGGAUUUGGCUGGAAUCCUGCGUGCCCAUGCUACAGAGAUUAUCAGAAACUCUCCCUGCUCUGUUACAAGAGGAAUCCCAGAGAGAUGGACUGAUCUGUUACACUGCUGUCAAAGUGUGUUUGCAAGUGUUUCAGCUGUUGUGGAGUGAAGUUGCUCCUCUGGUUUGGGAGGAGAACGGCAGCAAAGAGGCAAUCCAGAGGAUCCUGCAGGCUCUUAUGGACAUAAUCAUUGGACAGUGCUGCAACAGGGACACGCGUCUUUUGGCAGGAACUGCUGUGGCGAUGCUGAUUAACACGGCGUCUCAGAGCGGAGCUGCAGACGCUGCAGCAUGGAGCCUGCUGCAGGCCGCUCAUCCAACCACCCAACCCUUCCAGCUCACUGUGGGGGUUCUGCAGGUUCAGUGCAACCCAGCAGGGAAGGACGGAGUGAAGCGAUUGGCUUUGAGCAGAGGCCUCCUCACCUGCUGUCGAUCUCACAUCUUACUGAGUCCGAACCCCAGCGGCCUUCAGACCUGUUUGCUGCUGGAUGGUUUGUUUCCUCUUGUUUCUAAUCUUUGUGCAGAGAAGCAGGACUGCCACUACUUUGCCUUUGAGGUGUUAACUCUGUGGCUGAGGAGAGUGAAAGAGUGUGUUGAUGAUAUCUGGAAGGCGACCGGCGCCCGCCUCCUGCCUGACGACAGCAGGCUGCUGCAGAAACUCACCGACAUUAUUUGGACCAAUGCAGAAAGCCCAAUAGAUGGGGUGCCUGAGCUUGCCAGCAGUGCCUUUACUCUCUUGCUGAACCUUUAUGCCAUGGACUCUGAGCAGUUUUGUGACACCAAGAGGAAUUUUUAUUUUAUCCUUCUUGAGCGCUUAUUGAAACUACCCUGGGAGGCAAAAGCCAAAUACCACCGCCUUUGUGCUCUGCUGCCGUAUGUGGGAACGGAUCUGAUGCUGAAUCGAUACACUGAGGUUUCCAGUCAUCUCUUGAAGUGCCUAUCGACCAAUCACCUGUCACCUUGUGCAGCAGAGUUUUAUAAGUGUCUGAUCCAGCAGCAAAGGCGAGAGUCUCCAGCUUCGCUCUCUGAGCUGGAACUCGCAGGACGCUGGGCAAAGAGCUGGCAGCCUUUCCUGGUGGAGGCUCUUACAUCUGACAUCACUCUUCUACAGAACAACAGCUCCACACAUUUAUUGCCCUGCACCUUUCAGGUUUUCUCCUCUGCCGUGCAUCACCUGCUCGCCUCCUUAAACCCCAACAAGCCGGGCCAUUUGCACGCCUGGGCGUGCAUCCUGAGCUCCUACCGUGCUAUCAGUGGCUGCUCGCCCUGGGCUCUGCAGGGAAGCUCCACCUUUUUAACACUGGAGCUGGCUCUUGGGGCUGCGGAUGACAAAAUCCGUCUGGCUGCUCUCAACCUGCUCUGCUGCAGCCCAAAGACCAGAGACGUCCCCAGCACAGAGGAGAUGAAGAUACUGAAGGAGUUUAUUCCUGAGAAUUUGAAUUGCGAGUCCUCGCCUUUCCGACAGCACCUUCAGGCUGCAGUGAGAAGGUUUCUGGUUCGUAUCAGAGAUGGAUGCUUGGCACACAUCAGAGGAGAGAAAGGCAAAAAGAAAGAUCCCAGCCAUGAAUGUAGAGAGAAUAUUCUGAAGCAAGGGAUUGGCUUUGUGGAGUGGUUAGGUCAGCUUCCAUACAGCUUCCUUUCACCUGGACACAGCUAUCAGAGGAAGAAGACAGCGCUUCUGUUGCUGUCUGCAGUCCUGGAGACGUGCACAGACACCUGGAGCCCCGACAAAAAGAAAGGACAGCCACCAGCAAAUAUAGGCCUUCUUAUUGCCUGUGCCAGACAGAGAGGACAGUGGGAUUUCUUCUGCAGAGCCAAGCAGCUGCUUCUGCUCAGCUGUCUAGAAGACUCUACAAAUGAAAUCAGGGAGCUCUCAGCCACCAUUUUGUUGAAGUUUUUCCCUCCCAGUUUCCCUGCGGACAUUGCUGAAGUCCUGGAGGUCAGGAGCAGCCAGCUUCUGCGCAGCCCUCGGGUGCAGGAGGCUCAGAUGGGAGCGCUCAUGGUGAAAAUACUCCUCCAGAAAUCAGGACAUCGGUGUGACGACUGCAGUCUAGGUUUGUCUGUCAACCCUGGAAGGAAUCCCAAAGCCUUUUGUGUUGUUAGAGACCUAGUGAAGGAGCUGGAGGAGCAUUACCUGAUGGCCAAAGUGGACAUGAUGGUCUCUGCCAGAACCAGGCCUAUACAUGGCGUGUUAUGUGCUCUUCAGAGGUGUUUGCUGCCGGCAGCUGAUGAUAUCUGUUCUAUAAUUGACCGAAGUCUCAUCACUAAGCUGUUGGAUCUUCUGGAGAAUAUUUCUCUGCUGUUGCUUGCGGUUCUUCAUGGGGACCGGGAGGCUUUUGUUGCUGAAAAAUAUGCUCCCCCUUCCUUUUGUGAUAUGGGAAACGCCAUCAGCUCUCUGAUAUCCCGGCAGGCUGGAGGUGAUCAGAUGGAUGAAGAGGAUUGCAUCCUGCUGUCUGAAGAGCACAGCCUAGUUCUCACCUGCUGCUGGGUCUCUCUUAAGGAAACUGGAAUUUUUUUAGGAUCUUUGGUGGAGAAAGUUCUCAAAGAAUCCAAACAACGUUCUGAGUGUCUUUGGGCUAAAGACGAUUUAAGGAGGGCUUCAGAAUUAUUUAAGGAUAUUCUUCUAAAUUGCCGCCACUGGGGGGCAGUAGAGGGCUGCUGUUUAGGCUUCACAAAGUUCUGCACCUCUCUGCUGAGCAGCAAUGAUCCAGACCUUCAGGAUAUUCCAGCUCAGAUACUCAAAGAAGGACUGCAGGUUGUUCAGUCCCCCCGCUCGGCGUCUGUGACCCGACGUGCUGCAGGGUUGCCCAUCAUGAUCCUGUGCGUUCUGUCAGCAGAGGAGGCCAGUAAGGCGAGGCCGCUGUUGACCCUCAGUAUGCAAACUCUGUUAGAACAGGCCAGACGUCCUGUUGAUGAGAACUGGGACCAAACCCUGGACCUCCCACAGGUGUGUGCUGUUCACACUCUGCAGGCGUUGGUGCGCGGAGCAGGUUUGGGAGCAGCUGUUCUUCAGUUUGCUCCUGAUGUGGCCAUAUUGUCUCUGACUCUCCUCAGAUCUCCCUGCUGGGCCAUGAGAAAUGCUGCUUUGCAACUUUACAGUUCUCUUUGCUCUCGAAUGCUUGGCCAGCGAUCCAGCAGUGUGGAGACCGGACCCAUCCAGCACAGCAUGUCCCCUGCUGCCUUCUUCUUUCACUACCCUCCUCUUCAACCUUUCCUCCUUGGCGAGUUGAGAGAAGCAGCAGAACACGUCCAAAAGCCGACCGCUGGGGCGAAGCUGCAUCUACAGCCCUCACUAUACCCCAUCCUCACUCUGCUGGCCCAACUCCAGCCUGGAGUUCAGGACUCAUCACAGAUGCUGUUGGACUACCUGCCUCCAUUACUGCAGCUCUCUGCCAGUCCCAUUUAUAGUGUGAGAAGGAUGGCCUCCAUAGCUCUGGUUGCCAUGACACCCCCUUCUGGGUACAUGGACCUCAUCGUGAAGCUGACCUCUCAGCUCCCUGGUCCACAGGAGUCCUUAUGCCACAAUCGACUCCACGGCCAGCUGCUUCAGAUUAAAGCCCUCCUGGAGCGAGCUCUCUGCCCUGACAGUGCCGUUUCUGCUGACUUAUGUGAGGUGGUGAGCAGAAUGCAGGCCUCCAUGUGGUUGGGGACCACAGCUCAGCGCUGCCUCCUAGUGAGAGCAGUAUACCUCAGUGUUGCUGAAUCUCUCAGAAGACAUUCCUGUGACUCCUUUCUGUUGCAGCUAAGUGACAGACUCAUGCAUGAUCUCUAUGCACCUCAGCAGGGUCUCGAGAUUGGCUUGGCAUCCUUCCAUCAAGAAGCCCUUGAAUUCCUCUGUGCAGAUCCAACUCGGGCUCGUCAAAUCUGGGAGAACUUUUCUGCAGCCUCUCCUGAGUUGAGGCUCUCAAUGGUCACGUGGCUGCUAGAUAAACAGAGUUUGCAGCAGGCUGACAUGAAAGAACUGAUCCAGAGGGUGUUGCAGUUAAACUUGAAGGAAGCUUUGCUGGACGACAGUGUGGAUUAUCGUACCAAGUACCUCGCAGCUCUGGUUGCUGUGAUGGCUGAUGGUGGCGCUGCUUUGCCUCAGCCUCUUUCCGACACGGAGCCUUGCCUGUUGGAGUGUUUGCAUUUAUUACUUCAGGACUUAGAGGUUCAGAAAGGUGGACCGGAGUUCCUGUCUCAGGCUCUAUAUGCUGCUAGUCUACUAUUUUCCCAAUUAUCAUCAAAUAGCACCAGUAGUCUAAAGGCAUCAGUUCUUCAACGUUGGUGCGGUAUUCUGGAAAUUCAGCGGACUGCAGAGGCCCCAGAAGUCCUCAGAUUGGUGUGUGGUGAGGCUCUUUGUGCAGCUGGUGUCCCUCUUAUCAACAGCCUUAGAGAGCACAGCUCUCUCCCUGUAGUCAUGAUGAGGUUGAUCAACACAGGCUUGUACCUACUGCAGGAUCAGAACCAGCAGGUGAGGCAGAAAGCUGCCCGUUUUGCCUCUCUGCUGCAUCAUUCAAGACGAGCUGAAAAGCAGAGCAGUGUCUGCAUCAUGCAGGUCAACCGAGCUCUGAAGCUUCUCCUGGACCUGCUGCUGCAGGAAUGCUGGGACAGUCCUGGCAUACUAGAACUGCUGCUUUCCCACCUACCUCAGGCUGACAUCAGAUCAGUGCUGAGAGAAGCCUCAGUAAGAGAAGGGAGUUCCAGUCUGUACGAGCAGGAUGAGGUGAAUGUGUUUGCAGAGCCCUCCAUCAUGUCUGCACACCUGCUGCCCUACCUGCUGCAGAUGGCUGAGAAAUCCUCUCAAUCCUCUGCUUUGGCAGAGACACUAACUAAUUGGGCAAUGGAGAAUGCAGCACAGCUAAUGGAUAACCUUAGCGCCUGUGAGCAGCUCCAGCCAGCUAAAACAUUGACUCCCUCUUGGCUGGCUCUCCUUGUGGAUCCCUGUUUCCACAGUGCUCUUUGCGGCCUCUUAACCAGAGCUGCCCUUCUCCAUCACCUGGUUAAAACCUUCGCUUGUAUACGACAUCUGUGGGAUCCUUUAAACAUGCAGAUGCGUUUGCAGGAUGUUUAUUCUUUACUAAGUCAGAGUGGUGUUCACCUUCCCCCUGCUUUAACAGUUGUUGUGAAUGCUGGAGCACUGCCACUGUACAAAGAGCAGAGGGGAGCUGACCAGUGUGACCUGGGAUAAAAUUAGUUUCUGAUAUUUUCAAAGUGGACAUGACGCACUCGGUAUUAAAUGUAAUGUUGAUGCUGUCCGGCUGCAACCGUUCUUUAACUUAUGCAAGAGCUAAGUGGGUAGGGUUAAUGGUGUAACCCUGUUUGCUUUUGAGGGUCCUUGCCUGGAUGAAGCUUUAUGCCUGUUUUAGUGGCGUUAGGAUCAUAGGGAAAUGCAAUCAGAACAAUAGCUCCAGGUCAUCUAGGCAAAUUUGUUCUUAUGCUCCUCUUCUGCAGCAAUCGUAUCCAGGCUCAGACUGAUGCAGUGAUGUAAUGCAACAGCAUGUGGAAAUAUUGCCUGCUGAGCAGCCAGUGGGGGACGUGAUCUGGGGUUUGAUUUUUCCAUUAGAGGCCUUCUUACUGGAUAAGUGUCCAUUUUCUCAGCCGCGAGAGAGCUGAGGGCAGACUCUGAGGGAUCUAAAUGAGAUCUGGUGGUUUGUCUAUAACAGCCCACACAUUACAGCUGCCUUACAUCAUCAGAUAGUCCACUGCUAGAUUGAUAACCACUAGAAUUCAGGAAACUUUCAACAUUCAAUUCAAUAGUUUCAGUAUUAGGUGAUUAGUAGAAUUUUAGCAGAGAAAGUUAAUUCCUUGAUGUAGAAAAUUAAUCAGAAUCUGUCUGUAAACCAGAAAAUGAAGUUUCUCUUAUUUUUUUUUUUUUUUUCUCUAUGUAUGAACAGUUUGUUGCACCAACAAGUGCAUGGAUUUUAUAGCUAUGACAGUUUUCCCUGUGACCUGCUCUAGGUUUACAUGGUGCACAGUAAGUAUCCCCAUUUUAAGAUUUCUUUUUUUUUUCUUUUAACCAAAACUAAAUAGAAUUUAAGCAACGGUUCCUUUUUUUUUUCCACUGAAUUUACCUUAGAAACAUACAGGGAGUUGAUUUUUUUUUCUGAAGGUUCAGUGGCUGUUCUUGACAAAAAGGAAAGGAGACUUUGAUUGCAUAGAUUUUAGUAACGGGAGAGCAAUUCUCACAAUCUCAAGCAGAGGUAAACAGAACUUAACAAAUGUCACAUGAUUCAUUCAUAUCAUUUAUCAGAUAUAUUCCAAUAAAUAAAUGCGAUAUAAAACAUAAAAUUUACUAUAUCUUAUAUGGAUAUUUUAAAACUAUGUCUAAUAUAGGGAAAUAAUCAGAAUAUUUGUCAAAUAUAAAACAAAUGUUAUUUUUUCUUGCUGAAACCAGACUUCUCAGCCUGAAAUAUCUUGCAUUCCCAGAAGGCGUAAAAAGUGGAUAAGUGACCAUACUGAGAGUAUGUGGAGUAGUAGAAAGCUUGCAUCCAAAUUCUUUACUUAUUAACUAAGGCAACGGGAGGAAAGGCAAGGAUCAGAGGGUACAGCUUCUGUAAUCAGGUGUGUAUUUUUAUAUAAAUACUGACUUGCGUGCCAUUUGAGGCUUGCAGGUAGUAUUUUUCCACUGCUAGUAAAUAAAAUGUUCCUGUUGAUGCAUUUAUUCUAAAAUCUAUAUGUCAUUGUUUGAAUGAUUAUCUUGGGCAUGCUAUUCAAGGAAAAAUGUUAUCAUUGUUAGAUUUUCUUUGAUAACUUUGUAUAACCAGACAUUGAAUGAGCACAUAUUUUAGUAUAAAAUGAAGAGCAGCAUUUGAUGUGAAAUCAGAUUUACUUGCUGGGUAUUUGUGAGUUUCAGUAUUUUGAUCAAUAAAUAAAUGACCAUUUAAAGUGCUCAAACUUUUCUUGAAUAUUAUUUUUUUUUACUUAUUUGUACUUUCUUGUUAAUGUUACUUAUUGCCUAGUCCCAAAGCAAAGCUUUAACAUGUCAUGUUGGUGAAGAUUUCUCUACUUUUUUAAGACAUAUUUGAUUUGUAGCUAAUCUGAAAACUGUGAUGUAAUUCAUUUGAAAUAAAAGUG